UUCUAUAAUAUCCUAUGUAUAAAUAUCUCUUUCAUAUUUAUCAUAUUACCUUACUUUGCAUAUUCUUAUCUCAACUCUUCACUCCAAACCAUUCUCUAUUCUCUCUUUCUCUUCUCUCUCUGUGUUUCUGCUUUUCUAUACUGCAAGGGGAAGCUGAUAUGGCAGAUUGCAACAGAAACCAAGACUUUUACUCUUCUCAGGAGCUUGAGGGAGCAUCAAUGGCUAACAAAUAUGGAGGUCUUGUGCCCAAGAAGAAGCCCUUGAUUUCCAAGGACCAUGAACGUGCCUUCUUCGAUUCCGCAGACUGGGCAUUAUGUAAGCAAGGAGCAGGAGCGAAUCAGAAAUCUACUGUGGCAAUAGAAACAUUGCAACCAAAAUUACAGAGAACACCUCACCAGCAACUCCCUCCCAGAAGACCAGCUUGUACAUCUGGUACUCAUGAGAGUUAGUUUGCUUGGAGUAUCCAAACAAAGAGACUUGGUGGCGUGGAUUAUGGUUUUUUUUUUUUUUUUAGAAACUGUGCACAUUGAAAUUGGAACUUUGGAUGUUCAUACAUAAAUAAAGGAGCCUUCAGCCUUCAUUA